ACUAGGGGGAGAGGACAGCCGUCGGAUUCCGAUGAGUUUGUAGAUCUGACGGUAACCGGCGGCUCUCCUAGUAGUGAAAUUGAAGAGAGGGAGAGAGAGCGAAAGCGAGAGCGGGGAGAGAGAGAGGGCGAUCGAUUCUGAAGAAGAAGAAGAAGAACCCAGAAAAGGGUGCUUCUUUUCUUCUCUCUCUUCCAUUUUCUCUCAAAAUUCUUCUGAAUCUCUCGGGGAAGAAGAAAUUGAAAGAAAGUGGAAUAAAGCAAAACCUAGCAAAAGCGCCGGAAAAAAAAAUUGAUUGAAAUUUGAAUCCCAUCCAUUCUUUGAGAUUUGAUUUGUUUGUUGGUUUCGAGGUCUGUGCAAUUGCAAUGGAGAUAGAUAGAAUCGAGUGCGUAUCGUCGUCGGACGGGAUGGAGGACGAAGAAGUCGCCGCUUCUCACCAUCCAAACAGUCAUCAUUUCUCCUCAAAGUCUCACAAUGUGGUAAUCCCAUCUGGAAUUGCUCCCGCAACCAGCGUCCACGAAUUGCUCGAAUGUCCCGUUUGCACCAAUUCUAUGUACCCUCCAAUCCAUCAGUGUCACAACGGACAUACAUUGUGUUCCACCUGUAAAACGAGAGUACACAACCGCUGCCCGACUUGCAGGCAGGAGCUUGGAGAUAUUCGGUGCCUGGCACUGGAGAAAGUAGCAGAAGCGCUUGAAUUGCCCUGCAAGUAUUUUUCCUUGGGAUGCCCCGAAAUAUUUCCAUAUUACAGCAAGCUCAAGCAUGAGGCAGUGUGUAACUUCAGACCAUACAACUGCCCGUAUGCUGGUUCAGAGUGCUCUGUAACUGGUGAUAUCCCUUUUCUGGUUACGCAUCUGAGAGAUGACCAUAAGGUGGAUAUGCACACAGGAUUCACAUUCAAUCAUCGUUAUGUAAAAUCCAAUCCCCGUGAAGUAGAAAAUGCUACUUGGAUGCUAACGGUUUUCCAUUGUUUUGGCCAAUAUUUCUGCCUCCACUUUGAAGCAUUUCAGCUUGGCAUGGCUCCCGUGUACAUGGCAUUCCUCCGAUUCAUGGGUGACGAAAACGAAGCCCGGAAUUACAGCUACAGCCUGGAGGUUGGGGCAAAUGGCAGGAAGCUUAUAUGGGAGGGCACCCCGCGGAGCAUCCGGGAUAGCCACCGGAAGGUGAGGGACAGCCAUGACGGUCUGAUCAUCCAGAGAAACAUGGCACUCUUCUUUUCUGGUGGGGACAGGAAAGAGCUGAAGCUGAGAGUGACAGGGAGGAUAUGGAAGGAGCAGCAGAACCCGGAUGGUGGAGUGUGCAUACCAAACCUCUGCAGCUGAGGCAAAGUGUUGCUUUUAUGAGAAGACAUUUUUAAUGAUUUGUGUGUGUGUGUGAGAGUCCCAUGUUGUUCCUGUGCCAUGUUGUGUGCUGGAAAGCUUGACCAACUGUUGACAAAAUUCUCUCAGCUUCUUAUAAAUUGUUUUAAAGAGUCUUCCUCUCUGUUGUCUUGUCUUGAGUUCUGACGCUUAAGGCUUCAUUUCUACA